AUAGUGUUUGUUGAUACAAACAUAACAUGCAUUGAUAACUACGUAGAAAAGAUAACUAGUAUAUUGGUAAAAAAAAAAAAAAGUUUAUAAGUUAAUAUAAAAAGUACAAUUAUACGAUUAAAUGAAUCAAUAAACUUAAUUAUCACACAACUUUCUAAUUUUUUAAUGUUUUUUAUGACAGCAGUUUUAAACUGAAGUAUGUACUUAAUUAGUAAAUUGAUAAAGUUACAUCAAAACAAAUAAUAUGUAUGUAUGUGUACCAUAUUAAUCCACUAUACACUCGAAACUCUGCAAAUGGAACUAACCUCGACUAUAUCUCAUUCUCAACUAACUAACUAAAAGAUAAUUUAUUUUGGUGUAAAAUAAAAAAAAAUGUUUUAAGAGAUAAUCUUCACCUUAAUCACCCUCAUUAACAUUAUAAAUACCCUUCAACCUUCAUUCCAAAAUAUCACUCAUCAUAUCACAGCAAAAGAGAAACAAAAAAACCCUAACUCACAAUCCAAAGAAAAAAAAAAAUGAAGAUUACCUUAGUAGCUAUUCUCCUUACUCUCUUCCUAGCAAAAACUACAUUUGCCCAGACUCAAGCUGCAAACCCGGAAUGGGGGUUUGGCCGGUCUGGGUUCGGUUUCCCACAUCCUCGAUUCCCUUUCCCACACCCUGGCCCUGGGUUCAAGUUCCCAUUCCCUGGUGCACCAAGUUCCGGUCCCGGCUUCCCUUCAUUUCCAUUCCCACAUCCUGGUGCACCAAGUUCCGGUCCCGGCUUCCCAUCAUUUCCAUUCCCACACCCUGGCCCCCGGUUUAAGUUCCCAUUCCCUGGUGCACCAAGUUCCGGUCCUGGCUUCCCUUUCCCACACCCUAAGUUCCCAAUCUUUCCGUUCCCUGGUGCACCAAGUUCCGGUCCCGGAUCACCACCCGCCGAUGAUGAGGCUGCCUUGAAGGAUCUUCAACAAUUAUUUAAGAAUCACAAGAUUUCUUUUAGUGCAGAAUUUUGCUCAGCCCUUGAGAAAAUUGAGAAUGCUCUUAUUCAAGGUCUUGUUAAGGCAGAGUGCAUUAGUGGUAGUCGUACUUCAUCUCAUACUCAUGCUAAUUAAGUAUGGAUUAGUCGUAAUUAUCUUAUCUAGCUCUAGGAUUUUUAGAACAUAUUAGUGAGAUUUUAAAUAAAUUAUGAUGUUAAUGUUAAUAGUACUCUACUAGUCUACUACUACUCGUAGUAUUUUAUUUGUUAGUAAGUUUGAAGUAGCUACCCACCUCUUAUAGGUGGGUACAUAGUUUUAAAGGUUGCAUAUUAUUAGGAGCGAGCUAUAUAUAUAGAAUUAUAUUAUAAAAAUA